UUUUUUAUCAAAAAUUGUUUUUGUUAUCAAAAUUCCUUUAUCUUCAAAUAUUUUUAGCGGGAAAAGAUAAACGAAAAAAUUUGAAAAAAUUAUUACUGUUUUGAUGACUUUGCAUUUAAAAAAAUUUUUAUUAUGGAUGGGGCGAGAGCAAAGAAUUUAAAAAAAGGUCGAGAAUAAUUUCAAAUAUAAUUUCUCAAAGUUUUCAAAAUGAGUAAAGGAAUUUAUAUAUUUGAGUGCUCUUUCCCCUUCCCCUCAAAUUCUUUCAACUUCUCUCAUAAUUUUAUUUAUAUUCUCCUUUCCUACCAGCCGUUCCUUUUCCUUGUUUACACUAUUUUCUGUUUACUUUCUAACUCUUUCACCUUUUUUUCUGGGAACCUCAGAAAUUUUAAAUCGAGAGAUUAUCGAUAA